UUAUUCACUAAUCUUUCUUAUACUGGACAACAGGAAACCAAUUUAUUUCUCCCCUGCCUCCAGCACCAUCGUGCUCCUCUCUAAAUAUCCAUUGGAUAUUGGCUGCCAAAAUGAGGGCGAGAGAGAAAGCAUUAUACCUAAUGGUGCUUCCCUCAGAGUUGCUGAGUGUGAGACCUGGCGUGAAACAGAGAUAUAUGACCAGCGUGUCUGUGUUACCGAGAUGAUGCAUGAACUCAACUGUGAAGAUGGACCACUGCAUGAAGGUCAGUGCUCAACCCCGGAGGUCCUGCAGUACUGCAGACAUGCCACCCUCCUGCCCGGUCCAAAAGUCAUUUGGAAGGAGACACCUGCUAUUUGCAAUCAUAUUGCAGUCACGCGGACUUUGAGGUUGAGACUGGGUGACAUUAUCAUCAUGCCGUCAGCGAAGGUGCUGAAGAAUGCCCAGUACAUUGAAUUGGGCAGUUACCAGUACUGGCCUGUUCUGGUGCCCAGAGGAAUCCGCCUGUACACUUACGAGCAGGUGCCGGGAUUCCUACGGGAAAAUCCUUAUAUCACUGAUGGCUACAGAGCCUAUCUGACCUCUAGACUGUGCAUUAAAAGCCUUUUCGUUCUGUCCAAUGAGACGGUAAACAUCUGGAGUCAUCUGUUGGGGUUCUUCCUGUUCUUCACGCUGGGAGUUUAUGACUUGUUGGCGGUGUUGCCGAUGUUAGGAGCUUCCAGAGAAGACUAUGUCAUCUACUCCAUAGGUCUGUUCUGCUUCCAGGUGUGCAUGCUGUGUUCUGUGGGCUUUCACCUAUUCUGCUGCCACCGAUCCGAAAAAAACAGCCGCCGAUGGAUGGCACUUGACUACGCCGGGAUCUCUAUCGGAAUCAUAGGCUGUUACAUUCCAGGAGUGUUCUAUGCAUUCUACUGCAAUAACUACUGGCGGCAGGUGUACCUGGUAACCGUUCUGGCCAUGAUGCUGGCAGUGUUCUUUGCCCAGAUACACCCUCAUUACUUGACCAAGAAGUGGCAGAAGCUUCGCUCUGUUAUAUUCUGUGCUGUAGCGGGAUACGGCCUAAUCCCUACCUUUCAUUGGAUCUGGCUCAGUGGGGGUUUCAGCUCAGACAUAGUCCAGGAAUUUAUUCCCAGAGUGCUGAUAAUGUAUGUGCUUGCUGUAGCUGCUAUCAUCUUCUACAUGUCCAAAGUUCCAGAGCGUUAUUUUCCAGGUCAGCUGAACUACUUGGGCUCCAGCCAUCAGGUCUGGCACAUACUGGUGGUGCUCAUGUUCUACUGGUGGCAUAAGUCUGCACUUUUCAUAACCAGCUACCGUCACUCUCACCCUUGCCCAGACUACCAUCUUCAUUCCUAGUGGAAUGUGGGAUCGGAGGAACAUGGCUGAAGACGGCUGUAUUUUAAACGAUCUUUAAGCUUGAACACAUUCAGUGUUUAUUAAAUAUGAGUGUGUGGUGUAUGGAUUUUUAUUUUUCAUUGUGAGCUAUUUUGACACUUUUUAUACAUUUUGUUUAAGUGCCUAGAUGUGUCAGUCUAAAUAGAAAUAAAUAGGCACUUGAUUAAGGUAAGCAGUGUUAGGCUUUUAAAAGCACUUUCAAAAAUCAAGGUGAAGCACCAUUUUACAGCAUCUGCAUGCGUGGGCUUCUACAUCUACAAAUGUACUUCUUGAGUUCUGUGGGGCAAAGCAUUCAGUAUUGUGUCUGCUCAAUAGUAUUUGUUGUUUGCUGUUUGUAUUUGAACCUAAAAUUCAACGAUUCACAAGCUUAAUAAUUCCACAUUUUUAUUUG